AUGCUGAUGUCAGAUUUCUGUGCCGUAGUUUUGGCCCUUAUCGUCCUCGCCGCAGCCAAGACUCAGAGUCAGACUGUCCGCAAGAAUAUUGCCGGCCAUCCUGACUUGCAGUUUCUUCGGGACUUCAAGGUGGUUAUACCAAAACGGAUAGUCUCUACUGAUGGCUACACCAGCAUCCUUUCUACGAAGUCACGUGAAAGAACGCUGGAACACCAUAGCAACCCCUCCUUCUCCAUAGUUUACAACAGCAGAAAUUUCGUCCUUGAUUUACAACUUCAUCGGACCCUUAUAUCCGGGAACUACAUAGAGAUUUACACGAGUGACAACGGUACUCUGAAGCAAGAAAAAAUUCGUCCUGAAGCUUGCCACUAUCAUGGUUCCAUCCGUGGAUCACCGGACUCCGUGGUGGUGAUGUCAACAUGUGAUGGUCUACGGGGCCACUUCUCAGAUGAAGCGAGCAUGUUUCACAUUCAACCCCAUCCAGAAUUCGAUACUGUUGAAACGUUCUACUACCCCCUUCAUGUUGUCUAUGAGGACCGCGAUAUCAAGAAAAAGGGGCCAAGACGAUGUGGACAUAACGCGACCAUUCUCAGUCACCCCGACUCUUUUAUGCAAGAUUUCGCCGACUUCAAAAUUAAGGUAAAUAAUCGAUUAAGGCGGAACACAGGGACUAUUCCUGAAUACAACACAAAUACCGCCACAAAGUACAUAGAACUUUUUCUCGUUUUUGACCACAACACUUGGCAGGCGAACACAAACAGGGACGCGAUCCGUGCCCGGGCCAUUUCUAUGGUCAACACAGUUGACUCCAUUUACAAGCCAGCUAAUGUCCGGGUCAUUUUGACUGGAGUCCAAAUCUGGGACACUGGUAACCCGGUCAACAUAAGCGCAGAAGUCGAGCCAAGCCUUUUUAAUUUCUGUUCGUGGAGAAAGGCAAACCUUAUUGGCACAGUUCCUCACGAUAUAGCUCAUUUAAUUGUCGGGCUUGACUUCACUGGCAACACUGCCGGACUCGGAAUCGUUGGCACAACAUGUACCAACUCGGCCUGUGGGAUCAACCAGGAUUUUGGCGCUCCGACUCCCGCCGAUGUGGCUUUCAUUAUUGCCCACGAGAUGGGGCAUAAUCUGGGCAUGCUACAUGACGACGGACGUCAAUGCGGAGCGUGCGACUGGGCUGGUGGAUGCGUUAUGGCGAGUGUUAAGCCAUCAGACCCCCGUGCCUGGACACAGUGUAGCAUUGAUGACAUGAACGAGCACUCCCAUGUCUGUCUGUCCGACUACCCGACUACAUUCUAUGCGGACGCAAUCUGCGGGAAUGGUUACGUCGAGGCUGGGGAAGAGUGUGACUGCGGAUCGGCGGCGGAAUGUCCAACUGUUGAUCCGUGUUGCCAAACAACCGGUUGUAAACUGAAGUCGAGUUCAGAAUGUGGUGCGGGUGAGUGCUGUGAGAACUGUAAGUUCAAAACAAAAGGUACCUUGUGCAGGAAUGCACACAAUGAAUGCGAUAUCAAGGACCUGUGCACUGGCAGCUCAAACGUGUGUCCCGCCGACGAUUACCACAUAGAUGGGACAGAGUGCAACAGCAAUCAAUCUUACUGCCUGACGGGAGAGUGUGUCACUGGUGACGACCAAUGCAAGUACUGGUUCGGCCCACUGGCCUCGGAGGGCGACCCGGGUUGUUUCAGCCUGGUGAAUUCCUUCACAAACCAAUAUGGUCACUGUGGCGAGACCAGCUCUGGAGUCUACAAGAAAUGCGCCCCCGAAGAUUACAAAUGUGGCAAAUUGCAAUGUAGUCACCCGUCACCUGAUCCCGUUCUCCCUAUCAUCGGAACAAAAAAGGUUGGCACGUCGGUCCAAUACGGCUCACUCAGCUGUAAGGCCGCCUCGGCCGAGUUUGGCGAUGACGUCCGUGAUGCUGGACUUGUUCGUGACGGCACCAAGUGCGGCGAUGGUAAAAUGUGCUACGCAGCCAAAUGUAAGACUUUGGUAUCACUCGCCUUCAACAAAACUUCGGCAAGCGGAUCCACAAAUGACUCUCCGACGACAACCAGAUUUGUCGGAAUUUCCACGGACUCAAAUGGACUCACAACUGUAGGAAUUUCCGGCGACACAACCUUCGGCGGUUCAAACCCUGACACAACAACAACGCCGAUAAAGAACGCAGUCGCGGCAGCUAGUGCGUCUGCAACGGAUCUCAUGACUGUGGGCGUAUCAGCAGCUAUCGCCACUCAAAUAUCGAUCUGGUCAUUCUUCGUUUAG